GUAACAUGAAAUCCCUAGAAAAAGCCGAGAUUUGCAUCUGGUUUGAUUCCAGUAAUUAUGAAACAAGUGCAACUCAUCUUUUUCAAGGAAUUUGCAAUGUACGGUCUCUAUGGUUAAACAUUCAUGAAGUGAUUCCCCUAACAAUUCGAAUUCCUAUAUUUCACAAUCUUAUUGAAUUUGAAUUUUAUGGGAGAGAAAGUUUGCUUGUGGAGUUUCUACAUUGUACGCCUAAUCUAAAGACACUCACCGUCAAAUUUCAGGUUGUUGCGGAAACCCAAAGGAAGGUUUUACAUAUGGAAGUUCCUUCUUGUUUGUCUUUGCACCUCAAGGAGAUUAAAAUUUUGAACUUUAAGAGAGACAGGCGAAUGUUUGAAAUGAUUAGUUAUUUUUGGGAUAAUGCUAUGGUCCUGGAAAAGCUCAUGAUAAGAAUAAAAUCCCUGUCUGAGACACAACAAUCGAUUGUCUUCAACCAAUUAUUGCAGUUACCUAAGAGUUCAAAGAAAUGUCAAGUUGUGAUUUUCUAGUACUGUUUUAUGUUAUGGCUAGAACUGAUCAGUGUCUGGUUUGGUUUUGUAUAGAUGUGUUGUUUGAAAUAUACAUUUA